AUGAACACCAUCUUCACCUCCUCCCACAGCCUUAAUGACACGGGCACGGCUCCAAAUGACAGGUCAGUGAUGAGCACCUCGGCAGCCUGUGUGAUCCUAGGCCUCUCCUUCCUGGUUGGAGCCCCAGGCAACCUCCUGGUGAUCUGGACCAUCCUGAAGCACAUCCGGCAGCGCUCCCACACCGUGCUCCUCAUCCUCCACCUGGCUGUGGCCGACCUUCUCGUCCUCAUCACCCUGCCCCUCUGGAUGUACUCCUUGGCCAGCUCCUGGGUGUUUGGACGGGACACGUGCAAGGCCGUGGUCUACGUGGUCAACGCCUGCAUGUACAGCAGCGUGUUCCUCAUCACCAUCAUGAGCGUGGAGCGCUUCGUGGCAAUUUGCUACCCCUUCAAGAUGCUCGGCCAGAAAAGCGUCGGAACGUUGUCCAAGUGUUUGGGAGGCAUGUGGUGCGUGGCUCUUCUUCUGGGGAUCCCGGCAAUACUGGUCAAUGAUGUGGGCGAGACCGACGAUGGGACUCUUCAGUGCACCUUCAAGGAGUUUACCUCCGACAGCCAAGAGCUGCUUUGCCUCUCUCUCGAGUCCUCCGUCGGCUUUGUGAUUCCUUUUGUAAUCUUGGCCGUGUGCUAUUACAAAGUGGCCUCACAGCUGAGGAGCAUUCAGUCGCCCGCCAAAAGGAGGUCGGCCAUUCUGAUUGGUUGCGUGGUGGCGACCUUUGCCCUCUUGUGGCUUCCUCAUCACAUCGUCAACAUUGCCGACAUCGUUGUCCUGUCGACGGGGAGCGCAAAGCCGGACUUCAGGGAUAAUGUGGUAUUUGUCGCAGGAGCCCUGGCCUUCAUCAGUAGUUCCAUAAACCCAGUGCUCUACGCCUUCGCGGCCCGCAACUUCCAGGGAGGCCUCCGAAGGUCUGGCUUUGUUAAACUGUUCCUUGACGUCGCCUCCAAUUCCGUGAAGACCAAACAGACCUUGGAGGUUCAAAUGGCCACACAAACUGAAGUGUAA